UUGUAGACACACAGGCAUCCCACUCCUAAGCUAGUAAAAGCAAGAUGGCCGCCUCCGGUGGUGGUGGUACCUCAAGCCAGCCCAUGGAAUCGGAACAAAUUACCCGACUCAAAGGCCUUCUACUACAAUAUAUUAGACCAAAUAUCUUGAGCCUAUUGAACCAGUCAGACCUCGCUCUGCAGCAGAAUGUUUAUUCUGAUACAGGAGUACCGGGAAAAUCUGCUGAUAACCCAAAUAAAGAACCCACAACUGAGAACCCACAUCGACUUGAAAAGACCAUGGAAGAUGUUCUAAAUUCUUGUGACCUAAUGGAGGAUCUUCUGCAAACAAUGAAAGAGACUGAAAUACAAACCCUGUGUAGUGCUAAAUAUAGUCCAAGACCUGUAACACAUAACAAGGGGGAUACAAGCCAAGAAACACAGUCUUACCCUGAGUACUUGGAAUCAAUAUCGCAGCAAAUCAAGAGUAGAAUGGAACUACAAGAACUGUUAUCCGACUUUGUCAGAUCCAAACUAACAUAGCUUAGCAUUUAGUCUGUUUAAAGCACAAUGUAAACAGAAGUUUUCCUGAUAAUGGUGAAAACUGCCGGCAAUGCUGAUGCCACUAGUACGCUGUGUUGAAAGGUUCUGCCUGUGUUUGAGGUCAGGCAUUUGCCCAGCUCGUAACCAGUAUUCCCACAACUUGUGGUCCCCUGAGAAAGACACAGAAGUGUUUGGACUGUUUGAGCACAGUGUUGGACUGAAAGCAGCCUCAUUUGCAAUGUCUCAUAUGUCAGUGGGGCGGACCCAGUUCCAAAAGAGGGGGCCAAAGCAAAGGUUUCAAGAAAGGGGGAGUCAGAUUCAUUGUUCUUCCAUGAAUUCCCUUAUAUUUCUUGUUACUUCUAAGUGAAAUAUCUGAAAAUAGGGGGUGUUGCCUGCUCGUCUUACCCCUAGAUCCACCUCUGUUAAAUGAUUGCAAAGUGUUGCUUGCACUAGAGCUGUUUGUACAUUUGUAAAAAAUACUGCCCAAAUGGUGUAAAAGUCACCCAAGCAUAGUGUUAGUGUAUAAAGAGGCUUGGAUAUCUAAAAACAAUAUAAGAAAUAAAAUAGAAUGAGCCUCA